UCCUGGGCUUCUAUGCAAAGAUGGGUAGGAAGGGAGAAGAGGAACCAAAAUGGCUGUGGAAUCAUAAUGGAUGUAGGCACCAUGACAGCAAAGAAGCAACUUUUUAAGAGUUGCUGCAUCAAAUGGUCUUCAGAACAGAACUUACCAGAGCGAAAACACACCUGAAAAGUAUUUCUCUGCAGUAUCAGCUGUAUACUCUUCUGAGCAGCCAUUUCUUUUGCUUUUUAAAGAAUGAGAUGGGACUAAUCAUCUUCUUCCUAUGUGCUUCUGUACCAAAGACAGCAGCAGGUCACUGCAAGUGGGCAGAAGUUCUGAAAGAUUUGGAGCAAAUCAAGACAUCCAAAGAUAUUGAUGUCAGUUUAUAUACUGCAAACACAAAUGAGGAUGAAGAAUGCCAAGAACCUGUAAUGAGAUGCUUUGUCUUAGAGAUGAAUGUGAUUCUUCACGAAUGUCGUAUCAAAAAUUGUAGUAAAACACAGGAUGUACUCAACAUAUGGAAAAAUGGAAAUGCAAGCUUAGAAAACAGCAAGUUGAAUUCCACAACAUCAGCAAAAUGCAAAGAAUGUGAAGAGUAUGAAGAAAAAAAUUUCACAGAAUUUAUACAAAGUUUUGUAAAGGUUAUACAGAGGGAAUGUAAACACUGACCAAAAGACACAAGCUGGGAACCAAGAUCCUUCCAUGAACAUCCUCAGAGAAAUUAGAUUAUUGCCAACAAUAAACUGGAAAGAACAUCACUUACACUCUCACUUAUGUAGCAUAACACAUAGAGAAAGAAUAAUAAAAUCCCUGUAAUUCUCAAUGUAUUCAUAACUGAAUACAUGAAAAUCAUUCUGCUUAUGAAAUACAAAUAAAGGAAUUUAAAAGGGCUUAAAGCUUCUUUUUUGACUUAAAGUGUUUUUAUGUCCAGCGGAAAAGAAAGCCUGCCUAACUUACCGGCCUUUCAACAAAAUUCUCUGAGAAGAUCUCAGUGUAUCUGCAGUGGGAACCCCUCAUGAACAUCAGUUCAGAGCUAACUGAAUGGAGUUUCAGAGGAAAGCUCUUUUAUUAUUGUUCAUACCAAAUCAUCAUAUCCUUCAAAGCAUUUGGCUAUAGCUAUUUUUGUUAUCUGAAAUCUAUCCCUUUACCAUCUGUGCUCCCAGAAGACCCUAGCUCAUCUCUCACCUCUGUUGUUAGACAUGUCUGAUAGUUUUCCUUUUUUUUUUUUUUUUUUCCCUCAUUACAUUUCUUCAAUGAACUAAACACAAAACACAAGCUGAGGCCUAUUUAUCUUAAAGGUCUACUGGUUAUCUGUUAAUUUAUUUCUACUAUGGGUUUCAGGUAAACCCAAUUACUUGUUUUACCUAAGAAUUCAAAGUAAAAAGUUAGAACAUUUAUUUAAAGAGUCUUCCCUGCUUUUUUUUCCCCUUUUGUACAAUGGUAGCUUAAGGGUAUUAAAAAUUUACCCCAGUCUUCUCAACAGAAUGUAAUGCUGGUGUUUAGUUCCACCAUCCAAUGAC